UGCCGGAAAAGGAGCAACGAUCAACGAUGAAGGACUCGGAGAUCGACUCAAAGAAUGUAAUCAAAAACAGAGAACAGCUCUACAGGCUCAUUAUAAGCCAACUGUUUUAUGAUGGUCAUCAAACGCUGGCAGUGCAACUAUCAAGUCAGACACAAGCUGAACCUCCAUGUCCACCGUCGGAUCGAUUGUUGCAUUUGAUGCUGAUCGGUCUUGCUCAUGAGCCAGACAGAUCCAAAAAGGAAACCAACAAUGUCUCCUCAUUUUCAACUGCUGAAAAUACAUUGGGACCAGGAUUGGACUUGGAGUUUGAAACGGAAACACAAACGCAGGCACCAGAACCAGCACAGUAUGAAACUGCCUAUGUUACAUCCCACAAAGGUAAUUGCAGAGCCGGAGCCUUCUCUGCCGAUGGCCAGUUGAUAGCUACUGGAUCUGUCGAUGCCUCUAUCAAGAUCCUAGACGUUGAUAGGAUGUUGGCCAAAUCUGCCCCAGAUGAAGUUCCUGGAGAUCAGUCGGGGGGGCAUCCUGUUAUCAGAACAUUGUACGAUCAUCUGGAAGAAGUGACAUGUUUAGAAUUCCAUCCCAGGGAAGCUAUCUUGGUUUCUGGCAGCAGGGACUUUUCCAUAAAAUUGUUUGACUACAGCAAAGCCAGUGUAAAAAAAGCAUUUCGUACAAUCACAGACUCAGAUCAAGUUAGAUGUCUGUCAUUUCACCCAACUGGUGAUUACAUUGUUGUGGGUACCAACCAUCCUGUCAUAAGGCUGUACGAUGUGAACACGGCACAGUGUUUUGUUUGCAGUAUUCCAAAUCACCAGCACACAAGUGGUAUCACUAGUAUUAAGUAUUCCCCUGAUGCCAAGACUUAUGCAUCUGCCAGUAAAGACGGGAGUAUAAAAUUGUGGGAUGGCGUAUCAAAUAGAUGUAUAAAUACAUUUGCCAAAGCACACGAUGGAAAUCAAGUUUGUUCUGUUGCUUUUACCAGGAAUGCAAAGUACCUAUUGUCAUCUGGAAAAGAUUCGUUAAUUAAACUUUGGGAGCUGUCCACUAGUAGAUGCUUGAUUGCUUAUACUGGAGCGGGUACAACGGGCAAACAAGAACACAAAGCCCAAGCUAUAUUCAAUCAUACAGAAGAUUUUGUGAUGUUCCCCGACGAAGCAACGACCUCGCUGUGUGCAUGGAACUCUCGAAACGCUUCCAGAAAGCAGCUCUUGUCACUCGGUCACAAUGGUCCAGUUAGAAUGAUCGUACAUUCACCGACUGCACCAGCAUUCCUAACUUGCAGCGACGAUUUUAGAGCAAGAUUUUGGUUCAGACGAAUGCCAAUGCAUUGAAAGUGUCCAAAGGUGUACAUGUAUUUUUGUGAAUAAAAAUGAACUAUUUUAGUUAACAUUUAAUGAAUUGUAACGCGUCACGAAUAUAUUUAUAUUUUUAAAUUCAUUAGGUUUUUCCAAGGUAUACAAUAAAAACUGAAUAUUGUA